AUGAAGAGUAAGGAUGAGACCAGUGACACAGACAGUGGGAUCAUAGUACAGUCAGGUGAGUGACGGAUGGGGAAAUUCCUGCUCAUUAUCAUGUAGUGUCAACAGGUUUAAGCAAGAAUGACUGCACUGUUUGGGGUGGGUGGGGGGGCCUUCUUUCUGCCCCAAGCCUGUAAACUUACCCUAGAAGAUUAGACUAGAAGGUAUCACCACAGCUGCACGGAGAUCAAAGCACAGCUGUGAAAAGAACCCUCUGAAUCAUUAGUCAUGGCUGGCUCCUUGUUGAUUCUAUUUCAGUCCAGCUUCCUCCUAGCCGGGCUAUGAUGUAGCCCAAAGUGUUCAGCUGGGGAUGCCCAGGAUACCAGAAAAGAGUGUGAUCUUGCGUGGACACACGGAGACAGGAGCAAGGGCUAUCAAGGGUGGUCUUGGAUUUUGGGGACUGGUGUUACAUGGUGGAAUCCUAGUGCUUUAAAAGCAGGAGUGGGGAACCUGUGACAUGUCAAAUGUUGUUGGACUCCCAUUAAGUGCAGCCAACUUGGCCAGUGUUAAGGGAUUAUGAGAAUUGUAGUCCAGCAAUAUCCGAAAGACCACAGUUUCCCCCCUCCCCCAACCAGUUUAAAGUACCGUGCUUCUCAGCUGGUAGAGCAUGAGACUCUUAAUCUCAGGGUUGUGGGUUCGAGCCCCACAUUGGGUAAAAGAUUCCUCCAUUGCAGGGGGUUGGACUAGAUGAUCCUUGUGGUCCCUUUCCAACUCUACAAUUCUAUGAUUCUAUCUUGUGAUAUAACUGGUUCCUCAUCAUAAAAGAUUUCUUUUAAAAAAACCUUAGUAGCAUUGAAAUACAGGCAGAGGGUAGUGUUCAGCUUACUCAGGGUAGACCCAUUGAAAUUAAUGGACCUAAAUUAGUCAUGCUCAUUGAUUUCAUUGGGAUUACUCUGAGUAAAACUUAGUUGAAUACCAUCUGGGGUGUUGCAAAGUGGAAGGCUCCGUAGGAGACUAUUUCACUAAAAUCCUUCAGUCGCCCGGUAUGUGGCAUACUUUCUGCAUGAGUAAUACCCGAUCAUUGUACUUAGUUAUAUAUAAACUUUAGAAACAGCUUCCAUGAACAAUUAGCGUAAAAGUGCUGAACAACAUACUGGUACUUGUGGUAGAAGUAAAUAAUCAGGCCACACUUAAGAUGCGAUGUUGUAAUUACAACAAGAUUCUCUCUCAUGUAGGAAGCUAUGGCAUAUGAUGCAUCUCUUAAUGGUUUUGAACUAUCUGUGUGUACAGAGGAGGAAUGGUAAUCUUUUUUCAUAGGGUGGGCUCAUGCCAGUGCACAGCACUACUUUGGGAUCUAUAGUGCGAGGCAGUUCUAAGCAAGAGUUGCAGCAGGGGAUCCAGACAAGCAAAAUAAUAAGCGAGUUCAGCAUCCACUUCCUAGUCUUAUUCCUUUUGUAACCCCAAGUGCUUCUUUAGAUAUCUCAGGGCACAUCUGAAUAGAAACUGCUCCCAGUUUAGCAAGUUAGUUCUAAACUGGAGACGUUUCUUCUACCAUCACCACUCAGAAAGUGUUGUAUAGUUUCACACAACCCUGCACCCACCCCUACACUUAUGAGGGGAUGGUCUCCUAUUGUCCUGUAUGAAUGAGCUAGUGUGGGUUGAGAUCUGACCUUUAUGUGGCUUGUGAGGAGUCAACAAUCUGGCCGAGUGCCUCUGAUCUGUGGAAGAAGCAGCAUGAGCUAAAAUCUUCUGGAACUGCUGUCUUAAGGCUUACAAAUAUCAAAGACUCCUUUUUGUUCCGGUCUGUGAGCAGAGCAGCAAAUCUGUUUGCUUAGUUCUGUAAUAAACUUAAUGAUCAGGAAUAUCACCAUGGAGUCUCCUCCUUAUCUGAUCUGCGAUGACCUUGAGGUGCCUGCAGCUUGGAAGUAAGAGCUAAUCAGUCCUGGCUGUUGUACACAUUCCAUACCCCACCUGAUGAGCUGUCAAGACAGCCUCUCCUUUGAUGUCCCAUGCCAUUUUUAUGAUAACUGCUAAUGACAUCGGUCUUUAAGAUGCAUUCGCAAGACCUGCAGCUGGCUCCAGAAAGUUGCCCAAGGGCAUCUCUGUAUGGGUCAUUAAAUAUUGCUGCUUCCCCUCCCGCCCGUAGGACCUGACAGGUCAUCAGUCUGUGUCUGUCUCAAUCCUUCCAGGACUAGACAGCCCCAUGUCUCCAAUGAAGGAUCUGACGCAAGCUAUGAGGAAGCAGCAGAAGGCGCUGGAGGAGCGACUAGAGGCCUGUGUGCAGGAGCUGCGAAGGCUGUGUUUGCGCGAAGCGGUAAGGGGCCAGGAAGUCUGCAGGGUUGCCACACACCCUUUGGGCUGCAUGAGGUGUGCUGCUAAAGUAAAGAGGGCCCAUCUUUAAGGGCUGUAGUUCUUUGGACUCGGACGCUCACAGAAACUGGAGAGGCUUUCCUCAAAGAUCAAAGACACUCAGACAUGAGGGAGGGGCAAUGUAAUCCAAAGGUAGUACUAGGAGAAAAUAUCUAGGGGCGAAGAAAGGGCAAAGACUAUAUCAAGAACACUUUCCCCAUUGGAGAGUUGCUCCUGCAUUAUUCAAGACGUUAACUUCUAAAGCCACCCAUAAUUAACAAGCUUAAUUAAGUGAGCCUAGCCAUAUGCUGCAAGUGAAUCUGAUGAGGUAACUUUUCCCUCCUGACCUGAGAUACCGCAAAUAGUUAAAAAUUGAACAUGGAAGUUUAUUCCCAGAGAAAAUUUUCUGGGCCCCCUGGAUCAGAACGAACCCAUCAAACCAACCACUAUUAGUUGUGGUAUUUUAAUGCGUCAAGGAGAAAAUAAUUAAAACAAUAAACUACGCUUUCUAGCCUAUUGCUAUUACCCUCAGUUAAAAGAGUACAAAACAAAUGGGUUUUUGUUUGGUUGGUUGGUUUUGCAGGACACCAGAACUGUACCUUGCUCUCUUGAAUGUUUAGGGAAUAUUUUCCGGAACUUUCUAUUACUUCCAAAGCCUACCGUAUUUUUCUCUCUAUAAGACGCACCAGACCACAAGUUUUUGGAGGAGGAAAACAAGAAAAAAAAUAUUCUGAAUCUCAGAAGCCAGAACAGCAAGAGGGAUCACUGCACAGUGAAAGCAGCAAUCCCUCUUGCUGUUUUGGCUUCUGGGAUAGCUGCGCAGGCUGCAUUCGCUCCAUAAGACGCACACACAUUUCCCCUUACUUUUUAGGAGGGAAAAAGUGAGUCUUAUGGAGCAAAAAAUACGGUAUUUCCGAUCUAACACUACCUCUUCAUGUGCCUUGCCAUUAGUUUUCAGGGGGGGCACUGGAAAUAAUUGGAUUUGUAAAUAAGUUUAGGGAAAAUGUUUUUUAAAGGGAAAUUUAGAGCUGCCCAGUGGUUUGCCAUUAUAAUUGGAGCACAAAGCACACACUGCUACAACACACCUGUGCAUCUUCUGUGUGUGUGUGUGUGUGUGUGUGUGUGUGCGCGCGCGUGUGUGCGCAUACAUACUCUCUUGCUUAGAGACACAUUUCAUGACAUUUGGAAGCCUACAAAGAGUGGGGGGAAAUCUUCAGAACUGGGAAUCUGGCAGCACUAAUGCAGAAGUGUGUUAUAGUCAAACUUCACACAAGAGGCAUCUUGAACUCCCAGCUAGCAGUGGAAUGAGGGGCAUGUCUUUGGCAAAGGGAAGAGAAAUGGGUAUGAUUGAACAGGACUUGGUCUGUGGGAGUCUGGACUACUUAAAUUACUUUUCAUAUUUUUAUCAGUCACUUUUUCAUCACCUAACAUAAUACAACUUUUGCAUAAUUUGAAUUUUUGAACUGCCCACCUCCCCCCACCCAGUAACUGUCCAUUUUGGGUCUGGCUGCACUUUUAAAAAAAAGAAGCUUUGGUUUGGAAUGAACUCAGGCCUGGUUAUUUUGUGUGGCAUCUAUCUAUGGCUGUCUUCUGUGCCUGAGGUUCACUUGAUGUCAUGGGACACUGAAGAAAUAGAAGAAACUGCCAAGCUAACAAAAUAAUGGCAUGAGAUCUUAUUUAGAGAGAGAGAGAUUGAUAGACAGGUAUUUUGUAAGCUGCUCUGAAGACCCAGGGUGUGACUGAAAGUACACAAUUCUAGGAACUGAACCUUCCCUUUGCUGUUUUCUUGACAGGAACUGACAGGAUUGCUUCCUUCAGAGUAUCCUCUAAAACCAGGAGAAGUGGCCCCAAAGGUCCGACGUCGAAUUGGUGCUGCUUUCAGAUUGGAUGAGAAGGCCUUUCUCUCCAGAGGAGUGGUAAGGAAUCUUGCUGAGGUGCUUCUCCUCCUGAGUUUAGGGAAUAUGGGCAGAAACAACAUUUUCAAUUAUCCAGGGCGCUGCUUGGAAAUCUGCUUGUGGUGGGAAUCACUAUCAGCUGUCAUGGCAACCCUUGCUGCAAGCACAGAAGUGUCCAGAAUGAGAUGGGAAGAAAAAGGUUAUGCUGCUGAUACUAGAGUCACUAGACCAUUUUUUUCUGGCAGAUGAAGCUGUAAUUCAAAAGCAACUUCCCCUCUAUAUUGGCAAUCGCCAGCAAACCACCUCACUGAGAAUCAAACUGGUUUCUUCUGAGAGUCUUUACAGCCAGAGAUAACAAAAAGCCACGCAAUUUCAAUUUGCACAGUAAAAGAGUUCUCUGUGUCAAGUGCAAGAGGGCGAAAAGCAAGUUUCCCCCUGGUGAGGGCAUGUACAUACCCAUGUAAUUUUCCAUCUGUAAUCCCUUUCACCAGUUGUCUACAUAAACCUGCAGUUCCUAACAGGCAGGCAGCCUUUAUAGAAGUGGGGAUUUUUUUUGUUUUCACCGUUUUUGAAACCAAGUUAAACUAAUCCAGGAAAAAACCAAACACGUUUCUUUGUUGAGAAGGGGUGGCUUGCAUUAGGAUUAUGCUGUGAAUUCCCACUGAAGACGAUACAGUGCCAGGAAGCAGCUGUCAGCUAAAAGAGGACUUUUGGGAAUGAUGAGGUUGUUCGGGUUCAGCAUCCUGUUAGAAACUCCCAAAGGGACAGAGACGCUUCAGGCUCCAAACACACAGAGGGAGUUAGGCCUCAUUUCCAUCAAAGGUGUGGGAUCUGUUGACUCUUCAGCUAUGCAGUCUCACUCUCUCUUUCUCUCCCCUGUCGUGUGUUUUAAUAAUCAUCUUAGUAGGAGGCAGCCCAGGUGUGGUGCUGCUUAUUAUUUUUUUGCUGUGUGCCCAUAGUGGGUGGCACAGGGUGUGGGCUCGAAGUGCAAUUGUGUGUGUUUUGUACAAGUGUUCUUGCUUACCAUAGCUUCUUUCUCUCACACACACUUAGCGUAACUUUGGAAAGCUUUUCAUUUCACCUUCACCUUGCCGAAUGUUGCCUACUGACCUGCCUUUUUGCUCCCUUUCCCCAGCCAUUAGGAAGCUCUUGCCCCGGAAACACAGAACAUUUCCACUUAGUCUGUGGAUAGUUUUCCUCCUUCAGAAGCCUGCUGGGCAGGGCAGACAGCUGGGAACUGGGCCCAGGACAUCAGUCCUAUGGCUCAUACAGAAGAACACACCCCUACGGAUUUCUUAAAUCCAGAAUAAUUACCAUCCCUGGCUCAGGAUUCGCAAAUCCCUAAACUGGAUUAGAAUCUCCAUUCUGCUCAUAAGCAGGCAUUGAAGGAGUGGGAAAUCACCCGUCUAUUGUUAUUUAAUUAUCCUGACUGUGAGUGAGACAGGAAGAUUUAGUUCAGCCUGUGAUGCCUUUCUACACUAGUUGAAUGCACUGGGGUGCUCAGAUGCAAAAGAAGACAUUUGGGCUCGUGUGCUUUUAAUAGUUGAAUUGCAGCUGGUGUCAUGCAAGCUACAUUUACUGAGGUUCCCACUUCUAUGCAGCUAUUAAAAAUGCAAGAACCCUGCUAUCUUUUCAUCCGACCACUCUAGAAUGCACAUGGAAUGUAACUGGGAGAUGCAUGAAAGUCAUACUCAGUAUCUGAUUUGAUCUACCGAAGGACGUAAGGAAGGAGCCUAUGAUUUAUGAGUUGAAGCAGGGGAUGGGGUAAUGGUAGUAAUGUCUUGGAAGCAUCCAGCUGCCAAGAGUGCCCUAGAAAUACAAGAAGCUGCCUAAUGCCCAAUCAGACCAUUGGUCCAUCUAGUUCAGUAUUGUCUACACCCGUGUUUCUCAAAAUUGGGUCUCUAGCUGUUUUUGGACUACAGUUCCCAUUAUCCCUGACCACUGAUGCCUGCUAGCUAGGGAUGAUGGGAGUUGUAGUCCAAAAACAGCUAGAGACCCAUGUUUGGGAAACCCUGGUCUAUUACAAACUGGCAGGCAGCAGACUUUCCCAGCCCUAGCUGAAGAUGCUGGAAAUUGAACCUAGGAUCUCUUGCAAGCUCUUCCACUGAGCUGUACAGCCUUUCCCCAGGCUUCUCCAUUGCUGUGAUUUUGGAUUCUGCCACUUUAGUCCUUGUGUGCCCCCUUUUGAAACGCUGGGUCGCUCCAUCCUUUCCGAAGAGUUUCAUAGUUUGGAAUCCAUGUCUGUUCUCCUCCACAGGAUCCUCUGAGCAUGUUGGAGAGAGACCUAGCUCUGCAGCUGCAAAUUGCUGAAGCAGCACGAUGUCUGUCCCGGGAAGAGAAUCUCACCAAGCAGGUUCGGAAGCGCCGCAAAAGUGCUGUGCUGAAGGAGGAAAAGAAGCUGAAGGAGCUGGAGCAGUCUGUCACAGAGUGCCGCCAGGCAGCCAGGCAUUCGUCACAGCUGAGGGCCAGUGCGCCAGCCUUACAAGGUGAGCUGGAGCUUAGAGUGGCAGGUCUGAGAAAUGGGUCCUUUGCGUGUGGUGAUAAUGACAAUAAAAAUAUACAAAGGGAGGUACAGUGGUACCUCGGGUUACAUACGCUUCAGGUUACAGACUCCGCUAACCCAGAAAUAGUGCUUCAGGUUAAGAACUUUGCUUCAGGAUGAGAACAGAAAUUGUGCUCUGGCGGCACGGCGGCAGUGGCAGCAGGAGGCCCCAUUAGCUAAAGUGGUGCUUCAGGUUAAGAACAGUUUCAGGUUAAGAACGGACCUCCGGAACAAAUUAAGUACUUAACCUGAGGUACCACUGUAUAGUAAAAUUGUUCUUUGUGGCCACUGUACAGCAGGACAAAACUGAAUGGUGAUAAAUUGAAAUGAGUAAGUAUAAGGAAGAGCGUUUAUUAAUUAAAAAAAAACCCCAACCAAAAAACCUUGAGUUGUCAGGAAAUGAAGACAGAGUCUGGGAUUAAAUAUCUGUCCCUAGAAAUCAGAAGUAGGUCAGACAGGCUUCUGACAGGCGUGGUUUAGUUGGAAUUCAUCCCAGUUCAGGGGAGGAAACUGACCUUUUAUGGCUUCUUCCUGCCCCUGUAAUCUACGCAAACUGCAGUUUUCUGUCAGCGGUUGCCAAAGUGAGCUCAAUCAAGAACAGGGAGAGCCAGCUGGAGGAGGAAGCAUGUAGAAACCUGCAGCGAAUGACGCAAAGACCUGCAGUGCCAGAUUAACCCUUAGGAAGGCGUAGAAAGUUAGAUAGCUCUGGAUCCAUAUCUCUUGGUUUUAUAGGGACUUGGGGAAGUUUGCUGCAUAGGGUGCAGUGGGAAAUAAGCAUGCAGGGGAUGGCAUUGUAACACUCAACCCCCCCCCCCGACCUAUAGAUCCACUCUCAUAACACUAGAAACUGCAGGCACUCAAUGAAGCUGAACAUUGGAAGAUGAAGGACCAUGCACUGCACUUCACACAGUACAUCGUUAAACUAUGGAAUUUGCUCCAACAGGAGGCAGUAAUGGCCCCCAGUUUGGAUGGCUUUGUUAGAGGAUUGGACAAAUUCGUGGAGGGCAAGGCUAUCUAGCCAUGGUUGCUAUUUUCUGCCUCUGCUGUCAGAGGCACCAUGACUCUGAAUACCAGUUCCUGGGACCCACAGGUGGGCAGGCUGCUCAUGUUCUGGCUUGCAGGCUUCCCUUGUGUGUCUGGUUGGCCACCAUGAGAACAGGAUGCUGGACAAGGUGGGCCAUGGGCCACUGGCCCGAUCCAGCAGACUCGUCUUACAUUCUGAUGGUUCUUGCCCAGGUAUUCCAUUAAGGAAGCAUCUAUAUUGAUAAUAGGUCCACUGGUGUGGGUGGGCAGUUGCUUAUAUUCUCUGUCCAGCGUUUUUUGCGCAAGACUGCAGGAAGAUGCAUGUUUGCACGUGAGAAAUUGCUGCUUCCCUCCUCUGCCGCUUGCCUGAGGAAUCCCACAGCUGCCCUGCUGAUGGAUGAGAUGUCUAGGCAGAUUGGGCAAGAGGUCUCAGCUUCUGAAUGAGGCCAUCUGACCCUCCCGUUGGCCACAGAAUCGCCUGGGGGCAGGUAGUAAAAGAAACUCAGUGGCUGGCAGCUGCAUUUCAACACAGAGUUAAGCAUGCUUAAGGCCUCCGAAAAUCAAUCAGCUUGAGGGCACUUAACUCUGCAUUGGAUUACGGCCAGUUUAUAGCAUCCACACUGCAUUUGAAGAGUGAAAGAAUUUUUUAAAUAUUAAUUCAUAAUUAAGUGUUUUGCCUGUUUGGGAAGAAGAUUCCCAAAAUAUGACUCUAAAUCCCCCCCAAUUACUAUUAAUUCACUGCAUCAGGGAAUAUCUCUUUGAGAAGCUUAAGUGUGUGUGAAUGCAGGGCUUUGAAUGAUGUGGUUUGAGGCUCUGGGAAUUAGCUCAGAACUAAGAAGUGUGUGAGAGAGGGAGAGGGAGCUUUUAUUUCCCCUUUCUAGAAGCUCAGUGGGAUUUAUGAGCACAUAUUUCUAGGGAGCAUCAGAGGGUUCUAAUAACUGCUUGAAAACCUGAUCCUCCUUGUCUGUGCCAAUUCUUGUGUCUUCCCCAGGGUUCAGUGCCUCUGAUGAGAACUCCUUGUUGGAUGCUGUUGCGGUAGAAGAAGGUAAACUAGACAACUGUGAUCUCUGCACUGUCAUUACCGUGUGCUUGUGACUUUCCUGUAUCUGAUCACUGCUCUGACAUCUUGUCGAGGUUCGGCCCUGAUUCAUACCACAUGACUAAGAAUUAGGCCACAGCAGCCAGCUAGACUUGCAAGACAGAGAAGAGAGUUAGUGAAUGGAUCUCAUCUAAAUUUUCAAAAGAUUCAAGUACAAAGGUGACUGAUAAGUGGGUCUUUUAUGACUGUGGAUAUCUGCUAAAUUCCACAUCCUGUUUUGGUUUAAUCUAGAGUGAUAAGAGUCUGUGAUAAGUGAUUUGGUAUAUUUUGAAUGAUAUAGCCUAAACCAGUGGUUAUUCAUGCUUUUUAAAAAAUCUAUUAUUAGCUAUCUUACUUGCCUUUUACUAUAAGGUGCCAGGGUAGACUACAGCAAUAAAAUAAACAGUUUUGAAACAAGCAAAAUAGUCACAACUAUAAAACAAGAAAAGUGUAAAACAGUUAAAAACAGUUCCGUACAUAAAACAAUUACAAACAAUUCCACAUAUGAAAACUGUUAAAAGUAGUUCCAGUAUAGAUGCAGUUUGGGAUGAAGUCCUCCAUUUAAAUGGCUUGUUGGAACUGGAAAGUCUUCACAGGUGCUGAAAACACAACAGAGGGAAUUCCAAGGGGCAGAUUCCAGCACGCUAAAGGCCCGAUUCCUGUAUUGUGCAGGGUUGACCCCAUUACAAUUGGUAUUUGCAGGAGGCCCUCACCUGCAGAGUGCAGUGAUUGAGUGGGUUUGUAAGGGGUGAGAUGAUAUUUUAGGUACCCUGGUCCCAAGAUGCAUGGGGACCAGUUCCAGCACCUUGAAUGUAACUCAGUAGAUAAUGCUACCAUCCAGGUUUUAGCGUUGGAAUGCUGCAGUUCUUUCCUUUUCCUUUUCUGAAGAAUCCCAGGUGCUGAGCGCCCAUCUUCCGCCAAUGCUCACAGCUUCAGCUCGCCUCCAACCCCCGCCUGGUUCUUCGGCUCAGCCUCUGCGUUCUGCGCUACUAGAAGGGCAAACCCACUACCAAGCCACUGACGCGGAGUGCUCUCCCAUCCAAAACAGCCCAUGGAAAGAGACCAGUCUGGACAAGCCCUAUGAAAAGCCAAAGAAAUCCACUGAGCCCAGCAGUGUGCCAAGGUCAAGACCUUUCUUCUCUCGCUCUUCUUUGGAUAUGCUUGCGUGGUCUUGAGAUCAGCCUCUGUUAAUGUUUGUUUGCAUGCAUGUAAUAUGGAAGCUACUGUAGAGUCUGUCCGUUACUUCAUUUUAAGAACAAUAAGCACUGUAUUGUUUUGCUGCUUUAUUGUGAUUGUGCAAUGUUUCCAUUUUUUUAUUUCCACAAAUCCACCUUAAAGUUGCUUAAUUUAAUAACAUGAAGUGAAAUUGCAUGUAAAUCCCAGCCAAUAUAGGCUUCACAAUUGCAUUGGGGAAAGUGUCCUUUGAGAACCACUGACCUAGAAACUUAGUAGUCCAAUCAACUAAGCCAGAACAGCGGGUUUUGUGGACCCACUUGAGUCUUGCUUUCUCUUUUUACUCCUGUUUUUCACUCUUAGGGGAGAUGAAAGGGAGGGGGAUUUGACCCCUGACCAGAGCCUCUCACUCCUUUGCACACAAAGAAAGAUGACAGGACUGCAGGCAGUUUCUUACUUGAUGUUCUUAUUGUGUUCUGUUACAGCAGUCCAGGCCUGCUGUCUCAACCAUCACCCAGCCGUACCCCUCAGACAACUGCUGAGGCAUCGCCAUGCCACUUUGUUCCUCCCAGGAAGCUGGAAGUAAGGAAACAGGCUGGUUCCAGUGCCCCACAGACACCUGAGUUCCUGGGAAGGAGAGGACAACCUCAACUCAUGAGGUACUCUAUGGACUUAGGGUCAAUUCACGUACUCAAGCAGGUGGCCCUGCCUGUUGUUACCUAAUCACUCUUUGAAGUUUGAACAUGUCAGAUACCUUGGGAUGAGGCUAUAUGUACGUUGUGCUUCUAUUAUCAGGCCUCACAAAUGCAAAAUUUAAAAUUCAGCGUUUUGGGAAUCUCAGCUCUCGGUUAUUUUUGUUGUUAUUAUUAUUAUUAUUAUUUUGCAAAAAGGGUUUUCUAGUCCUCCUAGCUAUGAAAAUAGGCUUGAAGGCAAAUGAGCAAUUUUUGGGAAUAUGUUGGAAGCUAGAGGAAGGGCAAACAGGAUUUCCAGCAGUUAAGGGUUGGGGCUUCAGUGCCCUGCAUUUUUUCAUGACCCUCCUUUUUCCAAUUGCAUGCAGAAUAAACUAUACAAAGGAAGCAUAUAAUAAUGCAAAGUAGCUCUAAGGAGAUUGCUGUGGCAGUGUAAGCAUUUCUCCUUUCUCCUCCCCACAUCUGACAUAAUGUUCUUGGAGUUCUCCUGGCAAUUCCUAGAGUGGUUUAACCAGUGCUGUUUUUUCUAAACUGCUCCCUUGUUCUCUUGUAAUGGCAAUGGCGCCCACCUGAGAGGUGCCAUCACUGAGUUCCGGAUGAAAAAAGCCCUGGAUUUAACAAUCAAUCCUUCCUUGUAGGGAACUCUAAGAACUGUAGGUGUGUGAGGGGAAGGGGGCCUCCUAACGACUCUCAGUGCCCUGAAUGAACUACACCUCCCAUAAUCCUUAGGGGGAAGUGCUUCAAAGGUGUUAAGGUGGCCAUUGCGAGCUCCUGAUAGAUGGUCUUAACUCUCUCCUUCUGGCCUCCAGGGUGUGUUCAUCCCGGGAAGGCUUCGAGUCCCGUGGAAGAAGCGCAUUGCCAAGGCGGCGUCCCACCUACUACACUGUCACCGUCCCCGAGUACUGCUUCUCUGUGCCCAAGGCCAACCCAGCCGCCAAGCCCACCUACCACUCCGCCUCAGAAGACAGCAAUUCGGAUGUCUCCAGCAUCUCCUAUACCACCUCUGCCGGUAGCAGCAGCCCCGACAUCUCCUUCCUCAAGCCAAGCUCCUCGGUCCCCGUGGAGGAGCCCCUGCAGCCGUUUCAGAACCAGACCUCCAAGGGGAAUGGACCCGAAUACCACUGCCAGUGUCCUCAGAAGCUGCUCUCACCGCUGGGCUACUUCUCUGCCGUAGAAUAUGACAACCACCUGCCGGCUGGGCGGGAGCUCGGCCACAGCCGGCCGCCCUUCCUGUCUGUAAGCUCCGCCCAUUUUGCCUACAAGGAAGAGGCGGUGCCUGUGCGGUUCCACCGGUCGGUUGUUUCUCACAGCAGGGUGGUGCGCACCCCAUCUCUGAAGGACUGCUCCCCAAUGGGGCCCCGAGUCCUCUCCAAGUCGACCGUGACAGAAGAGCUAAAAUCGUGGCACGAACGGACUCGGCUGCGUAAUGCGCGGCCACAUUCCCUGGACAGACAAGGGGCCUUUCGCAUGCGCAGCGGGCCCGGCCGAGAGUUGCGCCCCUCCUGUUCCAUGGGGCAGCAAAUUCAGGUGAGGAUCUUUGGGCAGGAAGGUGUCUUGGGGAGAGAGGAGCCAGCCUCUUAUUUACUGUUUCGGCAAGAGUUUCCUCAAUAUUCCAGCUAGACCUGAUUAAGGAGAACAUGCUAAUGUGCCAUGUUCAUAGAUAAGCUCAUUUUCUAUAAACAAAUUAGUGCAGAAGCCUCUUAACGGGUGUGGGGAAUCUGGAAUCUGCAGCCCCCAGAUGUUACUGGGACUCCAACUCCCAUCAGCCCCAGCCAGCAGGGCUAAUAGUCAGCAUGAUGGAUCUUGUAGCUCUCCAGAUGUUGCUAGACUACAGGUUUCCAUUCCUACUUUACCGGCUGUUAGUAUCUGGGCACACAAGGAAUUGAAAGCUCUGUGUGUGCGCCCAUGUGAAUAGGAAAAAUAGAGGAAGGCUUUCAUGAGUACUAGCAGAUCUGUAGAAGCAUGCUAUAGUGCUGCCUCCUGUAAGAUGAAGGCAGGUGCCUCUCAGGUGCGAUUCACUUCACUGCUCAGGUUGUUAUGUUUCUUUUCAGUUUUUUGCGGCCUGCUAUGGCUACCAAAAUGUCGACUGUCUUACAUAUUCAUGGGCAAAAGCUGCUGUUUUGGCACACCACCAGAAUGUGUGUUGGUGGAAGCAGUAUUCGCUCAUGGCAACCAAGAAACAUGGCCGGCUCUCCGUGAGUUAGAGAGCCAUCCACAGGCUCAGGGAAAAGCAGAUUCCACAGACUGCUGUCGCCUCACAAAGGCGCACUGCACUGCUGGGCCUUUUUAUAGCUUAAGGGCUUGGGGGGGCAGCACUGGAGAAACAUACACAGCUAGUGGGUUUGGCUGCUUCUUUUGUGCUAUUUUCUAGCAGUGUUGUGAAAAGCUUUUUUAUUAUUAUUUUAAAAGUGCAUUUACAGGUCCACUGAAAGCACUAUGCUUUGGAACAGACAUUUGGCACAGCCCUACGACUAAUUAGAAGUUAAGCACAAAUGCAUGCAACACUACCACAAAUUCAAUUUAAAGUAAUAAGAUAGUGCUUUGGGAUGGAUUGGGAUGGGGACUUGAGAACGGUAGAUCAUGGGAGGGGUGCCUAAGCCUUUUCCCAAGGGCCAUUCAGCUGCUUAAAAUCACCACCCCAGUUUCAGAUGUUUGUUUGCACUGAGAGCUGUUUGAGUGUUCCAAAUUACUCAUGAAGAGGAGUCUUCUGGCUCAGAGCCUGUAAGAGUUGACUCAUGUUUGUGGCAGAGGGGAAAUUUCCAAGUUCUCUGCCCAGGUAAUUUUAAAAAUAAUAGAGUUGGAUCCAGUGUUAAUCCUACUCAGGAGUAGACCCAUUGAAGUUACUGGACAAGACUAACAGGCUCCUUAAUGGCGGUAGGUCAACUCUAAGUAGGACUAGCACUGAAUACAACACAUUAAGUAGUAUCCACUUCCUUGAACCUCAGUAAAGUCCAGUAGUCCUUAAGCUUGUUCUAGUUCUUGGUUCUGAAAGUGAGAUGAGCGCCGCAUCCCAUAGUCGCCUUUGACUGGACUUAACUGUCCACGGGUCCUUUACUGUAUUUUUUACUGUAUGCUUGUUGGGCAGUUUGUUAGAUAGGAAAAGGUUAUGUUGCUGCUCCUUUGUUCUGAUGGUUGGUGACAACGGCAUUGCCUUCUGGCAACUCUGCAUGCUGUUCCUUGAGAAACAUAGUCAGUGAGAGAAAUUCAGAAAGAUACGAAUCCUGGUUUGGGGGUGGUGGUUCCGCUUGGAGAAUUAUGUUCUUUCGAUGUGCAAAACUGUUGCACAAUGAAGCACAGUUCUCUCCUCCUUGGGCAUCUCCCUCGCCUGCAGCACAGGGCAGAAGCCCACAACCAUGCGAGCAAGAGCUUGCCCUUGGCUUCCUCCCAUCCUCUUCAAUGCAUGCCUCCCCUCACCUGGAAACAGAGCUGUGAAAUUUUAAUCAGACAACUCUUUGCUGUGCUAGGAAGCAUUCGCAUGAGCAAGAGAAGACAGCGGCCAUAGAUUGCACGUUACGUGUUUGUCUAAUCCAUCUUCAGCACAAGGAAACCACCCAACAACGCAGCAUCAAAUAAAUCCCUGGCAAUUCUAUGCCCAUCAGUUGGGGCACAUGUGCAGUUUCAGGUAGUUUUAUUUGUGAGUCCUAGAGGCCAGUUACGCUGUUUCAAAACCUCCUUUGGCCAGUUCAUUUAAAUCUGUGGUCCCCAUUCAAGAGAUAGGGGAGCUUUACUCACCUAAAAGGAGGAGCCAUGAGGACAAUCUCCUUGUAUAAGCAUCGGUUGAAAUAGACUCCAGUCCACAAAAGCUCCUUACUUUAUUAAGUCUUUAAGAUGCCAGUUUGCUGCAACAGACUAAAAUAGCCACCCCUCUGAGAGUGAGCUCACACUUCACGUUUGCAAGUGGGUUCUCCUCUGGACAUGCCUGUGAAUAAUGGGUAGAAACCGUGGAAGCUUCACGUUGAUUAAUAGUUAGAAGCUGUUUUGGUUUUGCACCCAUGCAUGGCAAUAUAAAUAUAAGAAGCUGCUUUGUAGUCAGUUAGACCAUCUUAUGCCAAUAUUGCUACUUUUAAGAGCCUCUUUUAGUCCUUCUUAAUGCAUAAAGCUAUGGCAAGCUUUGUUUAUUUGCCUGCAGGGGCUCAGCUUUUUCCGUGUAUUCUUUAGGAUGCUCUAGACACCUAGUUGUUUUACAGCAGGGAUGGGGAGCUUGUGGUCUUCCAUUUGUUGAUGGACUACAAGGCCCAUCAUCUCUGAUCCUUGGCCAUGCCAGCUGGGGCUGCUGGGAGUCCCAGCCUCUUUGGAAGGGCCACAGGUGCCGCAGCCCUGUUGAAAAGUGCCAGAGCACCACCUUUCCAUGACUCUCUAUGUGGUGGGUCCUCUAGUCCAACCCCCAAAGGUGAAAGCAUGAAUGGUAACCAUGGCUGGAAAACAUCACAGCAUUUUAAAGACACUUAAUUUAAUGGCACUGAAUGGAAAGAAUAGGAAAGAUUGCCCUGGAAACUUUAUUUUUACACUGCGCUUAAUGGUGGGGGAGGAAUUGAUUUUAUAGGCAUGGAGAAACAUAAUGGGCCACAUUUUCCUGAGGCAAUCAAGAUAGGAAGUGACCAUCAGCUGCAACAAAUGCGUUUAUGUUUGAUGAAGGAAACUGUAUUUGGUGGUGGUGGGGUUGCUGCUACUGGGGAGAUGUGCUGGUGCGGCAGUUCCAUUAAGAGGCUCCUUUUUUUAACCUUCCAGGUUCCCCGUGUCCAUAUCCUGAAACGGUCUCCUGAGGGAGCCCCUGUGCAGGUCUACGUGCCAGAAAAUGGAGAAAUCAUUACUCAGGUGUAG